UGAAGCUGGACGGAGAUGAAAUGAUGCCUGUAGGUAGGGCUCCUCGAGCACUGAAUAUGUAAAGAGCAUCUGCGAUUAAACGGUCCAGACAUACACGUCUCUCACGUACGAGACUGUCAGUUAACGGGAGCCUUUUCCUUGUUUCCAAGAAUCUUUGAGGAUGGGGUUAAAUUCACCAUAACGCUGAUUUUUAUUUUACCUUGCUUUAAAACUCUCACGAAUCGUGGAAUUUAGGUGUACGUUGCAGUAUUUUAUGUGGUGGACGAUUCGACUAUAAAACUUGCAACAGUGAUCUGCACUGUUUUAUAUUCGUCAAUGGUACACCUUUGUAGCUUCAACAUCGCUGCAAACAUUCGAAGGUCCUGCUGCGUGCUCAAAGUGUGGUCUUAAAGGAACCGUUACAGGAGCACGCAAGGGUAAGAUGACGAUGUCCGUCCCGGAGAGGAUAUCGGAGUCCGGGGGUAAAGAGGAGGAGAGUGAGGAUGAGAGUGAAAUCCUGGAGGAAAGCCCCUGCGGCCGCUGGCAGAAGAGACGGGAGCAGGUCAGCCAGGGAAACGUCCCAGGCAUUGAGAGUGCGUACUUGGCUAUGGACACUGAGGAGGGGGUGGAGGUGGUGUGGAAUGAAGUGCAGUUUUCAGACAAGAAGGUUUUCAAGUCCUUUGAGGACAGGAUAAAGGAGAUGUUUGAGAACCUGAUGCAGGUGGAGCAUCCAAACAUUGUGAAGUUUCACAAGUAUUGGUUGGACAUGAGAGAGAGCAGAGCAAGGGUGAUUUUUAUCACAGAGUAUAUGUCAUCUGGCAGCCUCAAGCAGUUUUUGAAGAAGACAAAGAAAAACCACAAAACUAUGAAUGUGAAGGCAUGGAAGCGUUGGUGCACACAGAUCCUGUCUGCGCUCAGUUACUUACAUUCAUAUGAUCCGCCCAUUAUCCACGGUAACCUGACCUGUGACACCAUCUUUAUCCAGCACAAUGGGCUCAUAAAAAUUGGCUCAGUCUGGCACAGGCUGUUUGUAAAUGUAUUUGCUGAGGCUAUUCAUGGGAAUGUGCACCAGCAUAGAGAUGAAAUGCAAAACCAGCACUUUUUUGCUCCAGAGUAUGGCCUUGCUGAAGACGACUACGCCAUUGAUAUAUUUUCAUUUGGGAUCUGUGCCUUGGAGAUGGCAGUAUUGGAAAUCCAGGCCAAUGGGGACACUGCAGUUUCGAAAGAGGCCGUAGAUCAUGCUGGACAGUCACUUGAGGACCCUCUCAUGAGGGAAUUUAUCCAAUCGUGUGUGCUCACAGAAGCUAAGACGAGACCCACAGCUCACGACCUGUUGUUCCAUAGAGUAUUAUUCGAAGUCCACUCCUUAAAACUGCUUUCUGCGCACUGUUUUAUCAGUAAUCAGUAUCUCCUUCCUGAGAAUUGUGUAGAAGAGAAGACUAAAUCUUAUGACCCUAAUGGCAUCAUGGCACAGAUCAACCAUCGAGACCGACCUGGAGUUCAUCUGAAGUAUUCCCACGUUUCUCCCCUGGAGCUGGACAAAUUCCUUGAGGAUGUAAAGAAUGGCAUAUACCCUCUUAUGAACUUUGCUUCCCAGCGACCUCAUCCUGUCCCCCGCGCUCUCUCUUUGCCACAGGAACAGAUGGAGACUGCUAAGACCCCAACCCCAGAACCACAGGAGACUGAAACCAGAAAGGUUGUCCAGAUCCACUGUAAUUUGGAAGCAAAUGAAGAAGGCACAAGAAGUCAUCUCUCUCUCUUUUUAAAGAUGGAUGACCGCCUUCAUCGCCAACUUAGCUGUGAUGUCAUACCAUCUGACAGUCCCAAAGAUUUGGCUAGUGAGUUGGUUCACCAUGCUUUCAUUAGUGAGGAAGACUGUGAGAAGUUGGCAUGUUUUCUUGAGGAUGCAUUAUGUAAGCACUGGUCAGGGACAUCAAACUCCCCUACUGCCAUGGCUGUGAUGUACUAAGCCCAGCUGGUCUGAACCGUCCCAUAAUACACAAACAGAGCAUGCAGAUUGGACCGAGGACAGAGAAAAAGAGAGAGAGAGAGAAAUCCAGACUGAUAAACCUGAAUGAGACCAAAAAUGAAAUGGUAGAAAGUUCUCAUCAAACCACAUGGUACCUUCCAUUCAAAAUGUUGAAAUGGAAGGUCAAAUUGCUGUCAUCUCACAAUGAUGAAGAAAUCACCUCUUUGCCAGCCUUUUAGGUUUCUUUUUUCCCCCAAAAUGGAGGUUAAUGGAUUUUUAUAUAUACACAUCCUUCCAAGUUAUCCUGCCUAUAACAUAAUCCGUUCUCCAUUUAUCCUCCAAAUGAUAUCUGGCAGGGUCAAAAUCCCACAAAAAUGGACAAUUUUAGGAUGGCUUUGGGAACCUGAGAGAGGAGGCUAAAUGUCCAAGCAAGAAAUUCCUGUCAUUCAACACAACUGGAGUCUUGUCUUCAGGUCUUUGUGUUUCAGACUUAAAUAUAUUUAUUAUUUUAUUAAACUAUUAAUACAUGGUCUUGGUAUAGAAACGUGUUUAAAACUCCAAGCAAGGAAAUUUGAAAAAGAUUUUUAAUUCUUCAUUUCUAUGUUACGUUAUUCUAUGCUUUUUAAGAGCUGACAGUGAGCAAAUGAAUGUACAGCACUAUGGCAAAAGUGCUCUUGGCACCUCUUAUAUUAUUUCAACACUCUCUGUUUCAGAUCUUAAACUUCAUUUCUUUCUUUUAACCAGGAGUAGCUAUUUCAAAGGCUAAAAGUGUCUCAUUGAGAAAUGAAUGUGUUUAGAAUUGCUCCUUAGAUUAUGUUGCUUUUAUAAUAUCCCAAAUGCUUUUUCCAUGCAGACGGUGAUUGACUUUGCAAAUAUUUAUAAACCGUGGCAAUAACGGUACCCCAGAAUAGUGUGAGCUACACGUUGUGUCUGGUGUUUGCUCAGUUUUAAGCAAUAAAAAUCAGAAGAGCUCUUCAUCCAUAUGUUUUUCACCAAGAAUGAGGUUGAACCAAUGAGUACCUCUCCAAACUCAAUAAGACAAUUGCAUUUAUUCAUUUAGCAGACAUUUUUAAACAAAGUGACCUACAAAUGUGGAAAAUACAAGCACAAGCAAUUAAUCUUAAGAACAUUUUGAGCAGCUAAUUCAUACUUCCAAGCUCUCACCCGGGGGAUCUAUUCAUCCAAUGUCUGAGUGUAACAGUGUUGAUAUGGCAUUUGCUAUUUGCCUUUUACCCUAAUGUGAAUAUGUGCUGAUAAUUGAUCAGUGGACUGCUCAGAGAUGUUUAACAUAUAUGGGCCCAGUUUACUUUUUAUCUGUUCCUUAGUCUUUGAUAUUGUUUCAUUAUACUUUUUGAUGUGGCAAGCCUCAUGCCAUUUAUGUACACUAAAUACACCGUUCUAGAGUAAACUGACCAGUGACCUUGAAGUAAUUCGAAAUAAAAUGGUGUACUCCUUUUGAAGGGCUGUUGUUCUGUCAUAUUAUCAGUACGUGUAUAUUUUGUCACAUUUAAAUGAUUUACACACUGCAUAUGUAUUCUGUGUGAAAACUGAAUCAUGUCAAGGCCAAAGAUGUAGUGGGUGCAAUGCUGGCAACUGCGAUUUUGCUUUAUAAGUAAGAGUAGGUAUUUCAUUGCAACUGCAACAUUCUGUAUUUGAUUGACAAUUGCAUAUUUAAAACAGUAUUCAUAGUAUCUAUUUAAGGGAUGCAUUUAAGUACUGUACUUUCCAAUGGCUUUGACUUCACUAUCUCUUUAAAAGAAAUACAUGCAUGUCAGAAAAAGAAUGCUUUAGAGAAUUUGUCAGUUUUGUUUAUUGGCAUGAUUGUAUGGUGGAUGUAUUGCAGCUUUGUGAUCUCCAAAACAUUUUAAUUGUAAUGGAAAAAUACAGUCCCCAUCCACACAGUGUUAUCAAGAGACACAGAUGUUUCUGCAGUGUAAUGACACAGAUAUGAAUGUACAGUCAAUAACUCUUAAAAUGUACUCUGUCUAAUUCCUAGUGCCCUUUAUCAUCUAAAUCCAAGCAUUAACUGGACUUAUGCUUUGGGAAUUAUUAUUAUUAUUUUAUUUUAUUUUAUUUUUUACUUUUUAUUUGUGUUGAAAUUGUAUACUGUGACAUGAAAUACUAUAACAUUAAAAUA